AUGGAAAGUUGGAAAAACAAGUUGCUAAGCAAUGCAGGGAAAGAAGUACUACUGAAAGCCAUCGCAAUGGCUCUACCUAUGUACGCCAUGUCCUGCUUCAAACUUCCAGGCAAACUCUGUAAAGAUGUGAGUGCAAUGAUGGCUAGGUACUGGUGGGGAGAAGAAGAAGGAAAAAAGAAGCUGCAUUGGUGCUCCUGGUCUAAACUUACAAAGCACAAAGACAAAGGGGGAAUGGGAUUUAAGGACCUGCAAGAUUUUAAUAAAGCUCUUCUUGGAAAGCAAAUUUGGAGGUUGAUAACAUGCCCAAAUCUUUUGCUAAGUAAGGUUAUGAAAGCCAGGUGGAAUAGACCUUUGAUUUUCAGUACAUUCAAUGGGAAAGAUGCUGAAGAAAUCCUCAAAAUUCCAAUAAGUUUAGCAGGCAGGACAGAUUGCAGCUACUGGAUAGCAAGCAAUAAUGGAAAAUACACUAUGAAGUCAGCCUAUAAGAUGCUGGAAAGGGAGGAGAAAGCUCAACAACAAGAGAGUAGUGGGAAAGGGGAAACCAGCUGUCAUGUGCAGAAGGAGAAGGUAUGGAGGAAGAUGUGGGGAAUGGACAUUAAGGGCAAACUAAAGCAUUUUCUUUGGAAAUGUCUGAACAAAGCUCUACCAGUGAACGAGCUCAUUUACUACAGAACUCGAAUGGGGGAACCAAUAUGUCAAGUGUGUGGCGAAGGGGAGGAAACAAUAGAGCACUUGAUGUUUUUUUGCACUAUCGCAAAGGAGCUAUGGAGAUUGGCACCUGUGCAGUGGGAUGGCAUUGAGGAUAGAAGAGGUAAUUUUAACACAUGGUGGAGUGAGUUGAUGGAAGCAUCAAGUAAGAGGGAAGGACAGCAGCACCAAGCACUUACCGUGAACAUUCUUUGGCAACUGUGGAAAGCUAGGAAUGAGAAGAUCUUCAACAACAAGAGUAGGAAUCCUUUUGACAUUGUACAGAAAGCUCAUCUAGAAUGGAUAGAAUACACUGAAGUGCAAGGUACAGGUAAGCUGGCGAGCAGACAGGAAACAUCAGCUAGCAAUGAAGAGGCACCAGAUGACACAACAAACAGCAACACAAUGACAAUUGUUGUGGAGGUGAGCCAGCAGAAGGAAACGAAAACUAUGGGCAUUAGUAUAGUGGCAACCAAGGACAACAAGGUGCAUGCUACAUGGGCCAUGAAGGACAGAAGUACAGGGGACACUUUAUUGGAUUAUGCGGCUGCACUCAAAUUAGCGUUGUGUAAAAUCAGCCAGAAGCAUUGGCCUGCUGUGCAUCUGCUUGUUUCAUCCGCACAGAUGGUACGAAUGCUGAGAAAUAACAAGACCACAGAUGUAAGACUUUUUGCUCAAUUGGAAGACAUUCACAUGUUCAAAGCUUUGUUUAUGAACUGCUCAUUUAGCUUAGUUGCCAACCAGUGUAAUAGACUAGGGAGAAGAAUUAGUAAGUAUGCUACUUCAUUAGCGCAAGAUGAGGAAUAUCUAAGUCCUCUGUGUCAAAUGACACAAUUGUAG